CGUAAACCACGUACACCGAUGAGCAGACAGAGCUGUCCUGACUGGAUGCUAGCUGGCUAGCUAACGGUCUGUCAAGUCGCACACAUUGGGCCAGGAGGGGAAGCGCAGCGGCGGUGGAGAAGAAGGGCGACCCAAGCGCCGCUACGAAAUGGCCGGGCAACAGUUCCAGUAUGAUGACAGCGGCAAUACGUUCUUCUAUUUCCUCACGUCCUUCGUCGGACUCAUUGUGAUCCCGGCCACAUAUUACCUCUGGCCCCGGGAUCAGAAUGCUGAACAACUGCGUCUGAAGAGCUUGAGGAGGGUCCACGGCAGGUGUCUGUGGUACCGGCUCCGGCUCAUGAAGUCACAGCAGAGCAUCGUCCCGACAUUAAAGAAAGCAGCCUUGUUGUUUGGGUGGGCUGUGUUCCUGCUGCUAGCCUACAAGGUGUCCAAGCUGGACAGAGAGUACCAGGAGUACAACCCCUAUGAAGUCCUCAAUUUGGACCCGGGUGCAUCUCUGUCAGAAAUCAAGAAGCAGUACCGUGUACUGUCACUCAAGUUCCAUCCUGACAAAGGUGGUAAUGAGGCCACAUUCAUGAGAAUCGCCAAAGCCUAUGCUGCUCUGACCAAUGAACAGUCGCGACAGAACUGGGAAAUGUACGGCAACCCAGAUGGUCCAGGAGCUACCAGCUUUGGUAUUGCCCUGCCUGCCUGGAUUGUUGACCAGAAGAACUCAAUGCUGGUGCUCUUGGUGUAUGGACUCGCCUUCAUGGUCAUCCUUCCUGUUGUUGUGGGCACAUGGUGGUACCGCUCCAUCCGCUACAGUGGAGACCAGAUCCUCAUCAACACUACCCAGCUCUUCAUGCAUUUCAUGUACAAGACGCCAAACAUGAACAUGAAGCGUUUGGCCAUGGUGUUGACGGCAGCAUUUGAGUUUGACCCUCGCAGCAAUAAAGAAACUACCAUACGACCAACAGACAACAUCGAAGUGCCACAGUUGAUCCGUGAACUAGGAAAUAUCAACGUGAAGAAGAAGGAGCCUCCAUUCUGUUAUCCUUACAGUUUAAAGGCCAGGGUCUUGGUGCUUGCUCACCUGGCUCGCAUGGAUGUUUCAGAGGAGUUGGAGGAAGAUCAGAGGUUUGUGGUGAGGAAGAGUCCCGCCCUCCUGCAGGAGAUGAUCAACGUAGGCUGUCAGCUUACCAUGAUGGCCAACAGCAGAGGAGGUUUCCAUGCUCCCCGACUGGUAACCAUAGAGAACUGCAUGAAACUGACUCAGAUGAUAGUGCAGGGCCUGCAGGAGUCAAAGUCACCGCUUCUGCAACUGCCCCACUUUGAGGAGGAGCACCUCCGCUACUGCAUCUCCAAGAAGUAUAAAGUCCGGAGCCUUCAGGACCUGGUGAGUCUCAAGGACUCCGACCGGCGCAGCAUGUUGCGUUUCUUGGGCGAGGAGAAGUAUGAUGAGGUCAUUGCUGUGCUGGGCAGCUUCCCUCACCUCACCAUGGAUACCAAACUGCAGGUCCUUGAUGAUGAAGACAGCAAUAACAUCACAGCAGGUUCCAUUGUCACAGUAACCGUCACCUUGACCAGAAAACGGAUGUCGGACAUGUUUGAAAAAGAGCAGGAGUCAACGCCAUGUCCUGGAGAGGAGGCUGCCAAUACAGAGGAAGCACAAGGAGACGCAAGUAAAGCUAAAACCAAAGUGUGGCAGAACAAGAGUAAAGGCGCUAAGAAGACAGCCAAGUCCAAGAAGAAAAAAUUAACAAAGAAGAAGGCCACUCCUGUGCCUGCCAAAACCAAACAGGCCAAUGGCAACGUGGCAGGAAACGAGGUCGUAGCAGCAACAGCAACAGCAGCAGCAUCAGUAAAGGAGGAAGAGGACGAGGCCUCGGACAAGGGCAGCGAGUCAGACGAGGGAGAGGCCAACAAGGACUCUCCCAGUGAGAGAGACGAAGACAGCGACAAGCAGAGCGACACAGAGGUGGACGAGAUGGCUGGUGACGAUGAGGAGGAGUGGGAGGCGUUGCAGCAAAGCAUCCAGCGGCGAGAGAGGGCCCUGCUCGAGACCAAGUCGAAGGUGACGCACCCCGUCUACAGCAUCUACUUCCCCGAGGAGAAGCAGGAGUGGUGGUGGCUCUACAUCGCCGACCGCCGAGAUCAGACCCUCGUUUCCGUGCCCUACCACGUCUGCACACUAAAAGACACAGAGGAGGUGGAGCUGAAGUUCCCAGCUCCUUCCAAAACGGGGAACUACCAGUAUUCUGUCAUCCUCCGCUCUGAUUCCUUCCUGGGACUGGACCAGAUCAAACCACUUAAGCUGGAGGUCCACGAGGCCAAGGCCAUGCUGGACAACCACCCACAGUGGGACAUCCCCGACACGGAGGAGGAGGACGAGGAACAGGAGGACAGCGACGGCAUCGAGGAGAGUGAGGAAGACGACGAGGACAACGACUGAACAGGGGACACAUGCACACGCUCGGCACACACACACGCUCGGCCUCCUCCCAUGGACUGGCCAACCGCCCACCCCUGACCCCACAACAGCACUCAAGAGCAGCGAACGAGAAGCAGCCAUGCCCUGCCUGCCACAUACACACACACACACACACAUUUUGAAUCAUUGGGGCAAUUUACACACACAGACCCCUCCUCCUCCUCCUCUUCUUCCUCCUCCUCCCUGUCUAUUUUACCCUUACAAUGACAUGGACUGUGACCAUUUGCUCUUUUCUACAGGAGUCGUUCCUUCACUUUCCGCUUGGCGGCGGAAGAGAAUUCUGUGAAUACUUAACCAGGCCCAUGUGUGCGAGUGGGUGUGCGCGUGAGGGUGUGUGCGCUGUGUGUUUGUAACCUUGUAUGUGUUUGUACAGGUAUGAAAGAUUGACACACUGUGGACUGGAGGACCUAUUAUCUGGGCUCUUUUCUCGAGCAGGAGACGGGAUGUGUAACAGCCGGUUCCGUGUUUUUUUUGUUUGUUUUUGUUUAAUGCAAAAUUAACAAAAACAUCUCCGUGCGGAAAAUUAUGACUUCACUCUCGCUCCAAAUUUUUUAAAAUCACUCGUCACCGAUGUUUUCCACAUCAAUGAUACUUUCUAUUGUACACAUAAAACUGCAGACGUGAGCUUUCGUCCCGUUUGUCCGGGAUCACAUCCCAGUCAACCCUUUGGUCGCUUGCUCUCAAUGCUUUCAAUGUGCAGCGGGCACAGUUAAGUCUCAUCAUUCUUACAUAAAAGUUGUGGGUUUUUUCAGAUACUGAUAUAUAGAUACAUACUCGUGGCUUUUCAGAGAAGUUACUUCCUUCUCUUCAUCUCUUUUUUUUUUUUAAAACAAUUGUUGCACAUUCCAGUGUAUACUCAUUGUCAAAAAAGGCCUUAUGAAUACAACUGAAAUACCACAACAUACAAGUCUUUGGGUGCUAUGCACCAGUGGUUCUUGGGAGAGCAGAAACAAAACCAUUUUGUUUCUUUUUGUGUUUGUAAAAAAAACAAAAAACUAUGUUUUUCCUCCGUCUCAGUUUAGAAUUAGACCUCAUAAUAACCUUAUAGCUCCCCGGUCUCGAUACAUUUCUGAUCUUUGACAUGACAGAGCCUCACAAUAAGAAGGGUUUUGUCUGGUGAAAGUGGGUCAGCAGUCAGGCGUGGCAUCUGACCGGCCCUGUGUUAAGAGGGAGUCUGAGGUCCCUGACACACACGUGUCUCGAACAAAAACCGAAGCAACUUGUGGUGUGUAGAAUUUGCAUAUUCUGUCCAGCACCGUUUCUCUUGAGUCGUUUAAUGGGAACAAGCGUAGCUCUGUAAUUACUGCCAUUUCAGUUGGUCUUUUCUUUCUGACAAAUUUCCGGGAGAAUUUCUUUUUCUUUCCUUAAAUCUUUCUGUCUGAGGAAUACAAAGCAGUUCUGGCUAACUGAGACCCCCCCCCCCCAUUCUGAUUUAGUUGUUUUUUUUGUGAAACUGUAGUUAUAACAAAUGUAACACAGAUCUUUUUUUCUUUUCUUCUUCUGUUGUUACCUUUGUUUGUACAUGUUGGACUCAUGAGUGGGAAAGAAAAAGAGGAAAUCAGAGCUUCCUUGUGUGGCACUGUGGGCUCUCACUGUACGAUUACGACUUGACAGUUUAUUUUUCAAAUGAUAUUAAAAAAAAAAAAAAUUCACCCUGAAUAUCUGCGCAACAGUUGAUCGUUUCUGUUAUGGCAUCUUCUAUUGUCAUGUUAGAGAGGGAGCGAUAAAGGUUUGAAUAUCUGUGGCCGCGCUCUCCCAGCACCACACACAUACAUACACACUCACACACAAACAAACUCACAUGCGCGCACUAUACCCUCCUGUAAUUGUGUCCAAAGCAGGUGUAUGCUAACAGGUGACAUUGUACUCUUGAGUAUUUCUCGCUCUACAAUAGAAUGUAGCAUCAGUGUUUUUACACUGUGUGGGGGGAAAAAAGAAACUGCAGUGAGGUUAAAUACGACACCAUCUCUCUCCCAUGACGGACGUCGUCCAGGCGACUGGCCAGCAUGCCGUCUGAGUUUGGACAAAAACCCGACCCAAUGACUAUCUAUCUGCCACUUUUGUUUACAAAGGAACUGUCAUUGUAAAUGGAAAAAUAUAUUAUUUGUAUUUAAAAUCAUUUCAAAUAAAAACUUUUAAAUGA